AUGGGAUCAGAACUCACUUCAGCGCCCGUCCUUUCGACACCCGCCGAGCAUACCUUCUCCGAGGACCCGACUUCGACCUCUGCUCUGGAGACGCAGAAGCCGAAGAGGAGUGAUGAUGAGCUCUUUAGCGUGUACGAAGUCGAGCGCACAGCCGCCGAAAUCGCACAACAGGGCUGGCGAAGAGUUGCGCUGCAAUUUCCGGAUGCAAUGCUGAGCGAUUCUACAUGGGUUGUUGAAGCGCUUUCUAAGGAGCUUGGGAGGAUACCUAGACUAUAUGUCCUUGCCGACACGUCGUACAGCUCAUGCUGCAUUGAUGAGAUUGCGGCAGAACAUGCGGAUGCUGACGCUGUGGUGCAUUACGGACGGGCAUGUCUCAGUCCGACAGCAAGACUACCCGUCCUGCAUGUUUUCACAAGGCAGCAGUUAGAUUAUGAUGUCGUGCUAGAAGCGUUCGAAAGGGACUUUGGAAACAACAAGGGCGAGAAAGUCGUUUUAAUGGCAGAUGUCAUGUUUCAAGACCAUGUUAGGCCAUUGUCUGAAAAUUUAAGGGAAAGAGGAUGGACGAACAUCAGGGCAACCGAAAUUGUGAGGGACCCCAGUGCGACUAUACCAAACAGGAGAGUUAUUUCGCUCGACGAGAACGCCCAAGAUAUUCCAGCGCAAGCAUCCGAGACCUCGCCGGAAUCACAACACCAGACAUUGAAUGAUCACCACCUCUUCCAUAUUUCUACACCACCCCAAGCUUUGCUGCUUACGCUCUCUUCGCGCCUGUCCUCCUUGCGAAUUUAUACCACUCCCGUCUCGCCGUACACCACAGCUGCAAUGUCUAUCCCUGAUCCCUCCAUGACGCCAAGACUCCUACAGCGGCGCUAUGGUCUUGUAAUCAGAUUCGCCACGGCUUCUGUCAUUGGUAUCCUGGUCAACACGUUGUCAGUCGCCAACUACCUGCCCACCAUCACGAAACUUAGGGAGCAGAUCGCCGCUGCAGGGAAAAAGAGCUACACCAUUGUGGUUGGAAAACUCAAUUCUGCCAAGCUAGCCAACUUUGCUGAAGUUGAUGGGUGGGUUGUGGUAGGCUGCUGGGAAAGCGGACUAGUAGAGCAGGAUGGCAUGUGGAAACCUGUCAUAACGCCUUUUGAGCUGGAACUGGCCCUUGUUGGUGAUGAUAAGAGAAUUUGGGACGGAACUUGGUGGGGCGGCAUAGAGGGCGUUCGAGAAAACCAAGACAGCGCCGCGGACGAGCAUGUGAAUGAUGAUAUCACUGUCGCUGACGCUGAAGUAUCAAAUGAGGAGGUAGAGGGUGGAGUGGACGACGAGGAGUCGGAAGCCCCCGAGUUUGAUCUGCGCACCGGCAAGUUCGUGAGCAAUAGUCGGCCCAUGAGGCUGGCUGUCCGAAACCAACAAGCUACUACAAAUGGCAGAACGGCUACAGAGGGCCCUUCAACAACGAAAAACAACGAACCAUCGAAAGCACUUACGCAACGCAAGCUGGGCGAAGUCGCCAUGGUUAACGGCGUUGUAAGCCCAGGCGCCGAAUAUCUUCGCUCGCAGAGGACAUGGCAGGGUCUGGGCACCGAUUUCAGAGAUGUUGACGAAGACGAACAAGAGUACGAAGAGAGCACAGUGAUUCAAGAGGGACGUAGUGGUGUUGCUAGGGGAUAUACCGUUGGCGAGACCCAAGGUAAAAGCUGA